ACAAUCCGCAGUCGUCCAAUGCCAUCUCUCUCGGUCAUUAGCAUAGGCGAACAACUAUAUAAGCUUAGGUGCACUUGGUCAGCGGAAACAUUUCGAAAUGUUGCGGUACGUGAUCGUGUUGACGGCCUUUGUUGGUGUAUUUGGUGCACCCACGAACGAAAUUGAGCCACCACAAUUAGAUGGACGUAUUGUCGGCGGUGUGAGUACUACAAUCAGUGCCUAUCCCUGGCAAAUAUCACUACAACGUUCAGGCUCACAUUCAUGCGGCGGCUCUGUGUAUAGUGAAAGUAUCAUUGUAACUGCGGCGCAUUGUUUAUCCAGUGGACCUGAGCUUUCAAUACUCAAAGUACGUGCUGGUUCAACCUAUUGGAAUUCCGGUGGUAUUUUAUCGGCGGUUGCCGCAUACAAAAUUCACGAGCUUUACGGUACCAAUGGCAUGGCUUACGAUAUUGCCGUAAUACGUUUAGCUGCGCCGCUUAAAUUUAGCACAACCAUCAAGCCGAUAUCUUUGGCUACACAAGCACCACCAGAUAAUGCGGCAGCUGUUGUCACCGGUUGGGGUACCAAACUCUCUGGCUCGGCAACUUUGCCCACACAAUUACAAGCUGUCAACUUGGCUAUAGUUAGUUUGGAAACAUGUGCCUCGAAUACUUAUGGUUAUGGCAGCAAUAAUCUUAAAGAAACCAUGAUUUGUUCGUACACCGAAGGCAAAGACUCUUGCCAAGGUGAUUCUGGUGGUCCAUUGGUUUCUGGCGGUGUUCUUGUCGGUGUUGUAUCGUGGGGCUAUGGCUGUGCAUUUGCCAACUAUCCGGGUGUUUAUGCAGAUGUGGCGGCUUUGCGUGAAUGGGUGGAGACUAACGCUGAAACAAUUUAAGUUAAAGUGAAGUGAAUAAAAAUGUUACAGAAAGCUAAAGAAUUAUUUCUUAAAUUACUGACCUCAUUCCUUCUUUACUGAUAUUUUCGCUACAAUGCUAAAUGCUAUAAUGGAUUUUAGUGCCAUAAAAAUAAAUUUAUUUAUCGAUUCAACUAAAUU